GAGAGAGUAUCAUUUAUUGAUUUGAAUAUUUUUCUAACCAAACCAAAACAUUGUUCUCUGUUUUGUACUCUCUGUUUCCUCUGUUCAUCACUUUCAAAAAAUCUUCUUCAAUUAUGGCAAGUUUGGAAACUGAAUCACUAAAUGGUCAUCACAACUCUAGUGUUGAUCAAAAAGCUAUACAAGAAAAAUUAGAGAGGGAGAAGAGAAUUGAUGAGUGGCUUCCAAUUACUUCAAAAAGGAAUGCAAAAUGGUGGUACUCAGCUUUUCACAAUAUCACUGCCAUGGUUGGUGCUGGUGUUCUUGGUCUUCCCCAUGCCAUGUCACAACUUGGAUGGGGUCCAGGUGUAACCAUACUUAUCCUUUCAUGGAUCAUAACAUUAUAUACCCUUUGGCAAAUGGUUGAGAUGCAUGAAAUGGUUCCAGGAAAACGUUUUGAUAGGUAUCAUGAAUUGGGACAACAUGCAUUUGGUAAAAAACUAGGUCUUUAUAUUGUGGUGCCUCAACAACUUGUGGUAGAAAUUGGUGUCAACAUUGUCUAUAUGGUCACUGGAGGAACAUCAUUGAAAAAGUUUCAUGAUACAGUGUGUCCAAAUUGCAAAAAUAUCAAAUUGACCUUUUUCAUUAUGAUAUUUGCAUCUGUUCACUUUGUGUUGUCUCAUCUCCCAGAUUUCAACUCAAUUUCUGGUGUCUCAUUGGCUGCAGCAAUUAUGUCCUUCAGUUAUUCUACAAUAUCUUGGGCUGCAAGUAUAGAUAAAGGAGUACAAAAAGAUGUAGAAUAUGGAUACAAGCCACAUAGCACUGCAGGAACAGUGUUUGAAUUCUUUAAUGCACUUGGAACUAUUGCUUUUGCAUAUGCUGGACACAAUGUGGUACUUGAAAUCCAAGCAACAAUUCCAUCUACACCUCAAAAACCAUCAAAGGUUCCUAUGUGGAGAGGUGUUGUUGUUGCAUACAUUGUUGUUGCUUUGUGCUACUUCCCUGUUGCUCUUAUUGGUUAUUGGAUGUUUGGAAAUAAUGUUGAUAGUGACAUCCUCAUCUCUCUAAAGAAACCAACUUGGCUUAUUGCAAUGGCUAAUCUUUUUGUUGUUAUUCAUGUAAUUGGAAGCUAUCAGAUUUAUGCAAUGCCAGUGUUUGACAUGAUUGAAACAUUAUUAGUGAAGAAAUUGAAAUUUGAACCAAGUAAAAUGCUUCGAUUUAUUGUGCGUAAUGUGUAUGUAGCAUUGACAAUGUUCAUUGCUAUUACAUUCCCCUUUUUCGAUGGCCUUCUAGGAUUUUUUGGAGGGUUUGCUUUUGCUCCAACAACAUACUUUCUUCCAUGUAUCAUGUGGCUUUCGAUCUACAAACCGAAAAAAUUUGGCUUGUCAUGGUGGUGUAAUUGGAUAUGCAUUGCUCUUGGCCUAUGUUUAAUGAUUUUAUCACCUAUCGGAGGCUUAAGGACAAUCAUCAUUCAAGCUAAGACAUACAAGUUUUACUCAUAAACUCCUCCCCUAUUAUUAAUGGAAGUAUUCAUAAAUAUAAGAAAUUGUAUCAAUUGUAGUAGUUGUUUGACACUACAAACAUAUACAAAAUUUAAUUUAUAUAUAUUGUUAGUAUAAAAUUAUUUUACUUUACACGAAUAUUCAAUUAGAUUAUUAGAGAUAUUUUAGAAAUUAAUAACACAAAAUCAAAUCAUGAUAUGAUUUAAGUGGAUUCAGAUGUAAACAACAAAGUAUUUUCAGAUGUAAACAAAAUAUUUUCUUGUA